AUGACAUAUACACCUGCUUUCCAAUUAUUGCAAGAAGAUCUGCUUCGUACCUAUGUGCAAGUUUUACACGAUACUGUACCUCAGUUUAUCGGAGAAAAUAAUACACAGCAGUUGCGGAAGUUGAUCCUUGAGUCAAUAUUACGCAUGAAUUGUAAUGAUAUCAUUAAACAGUAUACUAGGGCAAUUUUGGCACAACUAACGAAAGUCAUACAGAAUGAAAAUGAGGAAAAUGCUGUUCUUGCCAUUCGAAUAGUUAUUGAACAUCAGAGGACAUUCAGGAUGGGCUGUACGCAAGAGAUCGUAGAGAUUGUCGAAUUCAUUAAAGCAGUAUAUCGUGAAAUGCCUCAACAUAUCUCAAGUGGACAUAUGUUUGAGCAAAAGAACUUGCGACAUUGUGGAAUAGAAGAUAGUGUUAUUGAAUCUUCACUUCAAAAUUGUUAUAUGCCAACAAUCGUGUACCUUCCCGAAAGUUCAGGAGAUGGCGCUCCAAGAGACAGUGGUUACUCGUUGAUUCCUCGUGCUUCACAGAGUGUGAAAGUCUUGUCGGAAUUACCCAUGUUUAGUGUUGUCAUGUGUCAAUUUCACCGGCAUCAUAUGCUAAAUGAGCUAGCUGAGAUUAUCUCAUUGAUGGUGCAGUACUGUUCUCUUUCAAUACCAGAUGAUCAGCAAAGUAAUAUUUCAUUUAGCUCAGUUUUGGCUGAUGAAUUUUAUUUUUCUCAAAUGCGAGUAUUGAUAUUUUUGGGUUUUAUCGCCGCUCGAACUGUUGUGUUCAACGUUGGUGAAGUAAUAAGUAGCAAAGGGACGCAAAUAGUUCAAGCAAUAAUAAAGAUGUUGAAUCACUGUCCUCACGAAAAUUAUGCUAUGAGGCGUGAAUUGUUGGGCCACCUAAAGAGUAUAUUUGUCUCAGAUUUACAAACUAAAUUCAUUCCCUUUAUUCCGAAACUAUUCGAUGAAACACUUAUGUUGGGAUCUGGUUAUAGUUCUGUGGAUUUCUUAAGGCAAACUAUGUAUUCAAUGCUAGCAGAUCUUGUACAUCAUGUUCGUGGGCGGCUGUCUUAUAAUGUUUUGUGUUGCACAGUGCAUGCAUUCACAAAGAGCAUGUUUGAUUCCGCAUUACAACCCACAGUGCAGUCAAUGUGCAUUAAAGUUAUGAUGAAUCUCAUUGAGUCAUUUGUCAUUUUGGAGAAAAAUCAUGUUGACCAACCAUGUCGUGAUAUACUUUUUUGUCUGUUGGAAAAUUAUGUGCGGAAGCUGAAAUGGUUAGCUCAGUAUCAGUUACCCAUAAUACUGAAAAAAAAUGCCAGUAACAUCGUGAAUACAGCUUUUCUUCAUACAGAUAAAUUUAUCAGUGAGACUUAUAAUAUUUCCGUAAUAUUUAGCGUUUCUCGAGCAUCGUCUGUCGAAUUUCUUUGUGCAAGCCAAAAUGAUGAAGCAGAUAAACUAAUCAGUUCUGUGAAAGCGGUUGUAGAGGACCCAACAUCACCACUUUCAUCGGAAAAUGAUUUUGACUUGCUUACGUGGCAGGAUAAAAAUGUAAAAAGCUUGGCAUGUUCUCUUCCACCUCCAACGAAGAUAGGAAAGACAUCGGUACCGGAAGAGAUUUUGAGCCAGUACUGGGUUGCAGGUAUAUUUCCGUAUCAACUGCAUGAAUGUAAGAACAUGAUUCGAGUGCUUAUGCAAGCAUGUAAACAUGCUGUUCAUGCUCUGAAAGAUACUCAUAUCACAAAUUAUGCUAUAUCUCCCGAUCAUGAAAUAAAAAUAAUUGAUCAGCUUUUCCAAUACGGUUUGCAAUGUCUUGAUAUAUAUGUGAUUUGUCAAGUACCAAAUCAAAUUUCAUCGGCUCAUCAAAGGCUUUCAAGUGGUUUACGCUCUAAAGAAGAAAAAGAAGUUUUGGAACUAUUUGCAUCUAUUUUCACCUUAGUAAAUCCAUCAGUUUUCAAAAAAAUUAUAUCAAAACGAAUUAAUUAUUUCAUCGAGAGAUUGACUUCAAAUUAUGCUCUGCAAGUUAUAUGCAGUUCUCUUCUGGUAAAUACUGUCACGUCAGCGAAUUUUGGUGACAAACUAAUACAAUUUUUGAUGAAAAGAUUACCAGACCUAGCUGAUUGUACUGAAAAGUCAUUUCUUUGGUUGAAACUUUUCAAAAUUGUAUUUUCAUCAGUCGGUUCUAAGCCUGCGGCGUGUGCAGAAAAUGAACGAAUGCUUCGGCCAUAUCUUCAUAAACUUGUUCUACGAGCAAUCAAAUUGGCACUUCGCGCUCGAGAUCCCAUCAAUUAUUUUCUUCUUCUUAGAGCGCUUUUUCGGUCAAUUGGAGGUGGAAGCUAUGAUCUUUUGUACCAAACAUUUCUACCACUGUUACCAACUCUUCUUCAUCAACUAAACCGUCUUCAGUCUAACACUCAUCGGGCUCAGAUGCGUGAACUGUAUAUUGAAUUAUGCUUGACUGUUCCUGUAAGGUUGUCAUCUCUGCUACCUUAUCUACCUUUGUUGAUGGACCCGUUAGUAUGCGCACUGAAUGGCACCUGUAACCUGAUUCAACAGGGUUUACGGACUUUAGAAUUGUGCGUGGACAAUUUACAACCAGAUUAUCUCUACAGUCAUAUGGUACCUGUUCAAGCUGAAUUGAUACGUGGUUUAUGGCAGUGUAUGUCAGGUCAGGAUAAAGUUGCAGCAGAAAUUGCAUUCAGAAUUUUGGGCAAGUUUGGAGCAGCGAAUCGGAAAGUUUUGAUUGACCCACAAAAUCUUGCGUAUAGAGAUAACUGUGAGGCAGCAUCACCAGCGUUUAAAUUGGUGUAUCAGCGUUCUGCAUCGGCGUAUGUUGCAUAUAAUCAGCCAUCAGUCGAUGGAGCUCAGACUACUAUCGAUUAUCCUUUGUUUUUCUGUGAGUUGAAUAUUUCGGAAGUAGUGAAAGAAGCGCUGAAGCAUUUGCGUUCACCAUUCUUGGUGGAUGCAUCCUUUGUUAUGGCAACGGCACAAUCUGUGCCAGGUGGAUUACGAGUUUCUUCUUUAGCCUUACGACGACAUUCAUUUCGAAUAAUUAAAGGAGUUAUUUUAAGUGGUCUGGCACCUACUAAACGUGGAUUGUUGAAGAACCCUCAUUUCAAAAAACAGUUUACAAACAAAAUUCUGAGUUUGCGAACAAAGAAAGAAAACAGUUUCAUGACAUCUUUUUGUUGUGAUGACCGGUCUUCCCGUUGUUUUUAUCGAGAUGCGUUACUUGGGUUGUUUUAUGCGACGGCAGCUAUAAUACAAGACGCCACCAGUAAUGUCAUGGAUUUUUUUUCAAUGGUUAUAAGGCACUUAACGAUUCAAAUUGUUUUUGAACAAUAUCAAGAGAAAGCAAGUGAUGAUCUUGAUACGAAUUCAAGAUUUAUAGAAUACACGGUUCUUAUUGAUACUGUGCUGCUUGCAUUAGCUGAUCCCUGCAAAGAAGUGUGUCAGACAAGUCUUAUAGCACUAAAAUUUAUUUUUGAAACAACAGUAGCUUUGCUCGGCAGCAUAGAUAAGGCAGCUAAUUCAAGGCUAUUUCAACAAAUAUUAGAACGAUUAACAAAUCUUUGCUAUAAUGAACCAUGGUCUAUUCGGCUUGGUGGAUGCUUGGGUAUCAAAUAUAUUUUGAUGAACUUUCCUCCAGCUUUCAUAAUUCGCAAUAUCGAUGUUAUACUUUGCGCUUUAUUUGAAGUUAUAAUGGGACUUUUGGAGGAUGUUUCGAGUUCCGCAGUUGAUGUUGCAAUUGCUACAUCUCACUUGCUAUUGAAAGUUUGUUUUAAGCAUUCAGCAAUUUGUAAAAGCAGGAAGAAAGCCGUUGAGUGUGUAGUUGAGCGAAUUAUUGAGAAUCUUCAGAGCCCUUCCGAAGUUCUUAGUCGCGAGUGUCACAAAUUGCUUACGACAUUGGGAAACUAUACUGGAUUUACUCUCUGUGAACUGGUUACUUUACAUCAAAGUUUACUUAAAAAAUUCAUUGAUAAUGGCAUGGCAGAUUUCAAAAGAAUGUCUCUUGAUCAUCAGAUUGCUUUCGAGGAAUCUAUUACUUUUAUUUUCUCCAUGCAACCAGUACCACUGAAAUUUGUCUUUCACAAAUUUCCCGAAAACAACUUCAUUUCUUAUAUUUUGUCUAUUUGCAAUGCUACUGAAAAAGAAAUAAGGAAUUGGCCAAACUAUAAGCCAUCGACACGUUUUCUUGCAAUCAUUCAUCGUUCAGAAUUUACCUCACGUAUCACUGAUUUGCGGCUUUCUUCUAUAAAAGCAUUAAUAGCUUGCUGUAUUGCAUCGUGUGAAGACGUAAAAGAAUCCUUAGAAAAUGAUGCUUUGGUGCCAUACCACAAACAAAUAUUGGAAACGCUUCUGAAAUGUCUUGCAGAAAAAAACUAUAAAAUUCAGUAUACAGCAUUCAUCGCGUUAAAAGAGGCAUUAAUGUUACCACGAUUGCGAUCUCAGUUAAAGCGAUUAGAUUUGGAGUCUACGAUGAGUGUUUUAUCUCAUUCAGAAUGCCAUUCACAAAAACAUCGAGCGUUGCAUCUUCUUUAUUUUAUUAGACUAUUUCCGGAUAUUUUCCCACAGACAUUUUGUAACAAGUUACUAGUCACUUUUCAUCAAUUUCCGGAUUCCAACCGGAAUAUUAUUUUGAAGACUGAUGUUGAAAUAGGGCAAAUAUUAUUGGAGGUGUUAGCAGAAUUCUCUUCUGCUGAUGCUCGUUUCGUACCAUUCAUAAUAUCUCAUGUAUGUAGAUGGGAAGCAGUCAUAUCUUUUGAGACAAGUACAAGUUGGCGACAUCCAUUAAUUAAGUAUUUAAUUCGAUUCCCUUCCGAAACUCUUCAUUUCUUUGUCUCGAGAAUUAAUAUUUGUAAGGAAGAACAUCGGGAACUUUUCAAGCAUGUAGUGAAACAUGAGAAAGCUACAGCGCUUCGAGCUAAACUUAUGAAAAAUAGCAGUUACAUUCUUCACAUAUUACAUGGAGAAGCAUUGAGUGAGAACAAAAGUUGGAUGAAAUGUAAUGUAUCAAUUUAUCAAAUGGAAAUGUUAGCUAUGAAAUUAACCAUUAGUAUUGGAAAACAUCAUUAUAACUGGGCUGAAAAAGGUAUUGGUGAUAUUGUUAUAGCUAUACAAGCAUUAUGGAAUGAUAGAAGUUUUCGAACUCGAUAUUCUUCCAAGGAUUAUUUGGAAGGAUCGCGUUAUGAUGUUCCCAAAUUAGCUGCGCUGAUCAUGUUGCGUUAUUUCAAAGCGAACAUUGAUCGAAUCGAUAUUAUUUUCGACCUUUGCUAUGUAUUUUCAAGUCACUAUGUUGGUGAUUUCACAUUUCUCAGAUUAUUCAUUGAAAAAGAAAUUGUACCGAAGUAUCCUAUUGAAUGGCGACAAAAUGCGUUAAAACUCGUUGUUGAAAAGUUCGAGAAAGAUCCAGCGACUGCACGUGACCCAAAUGUUGUUAAAAUGUUGCAAUAUAUCGUAAUCCCUUCAUUACAUUAUGCGUUUGAGCGUUACGACGCUGAUAUGGUAGUUGGUACACCGGCGAGGCCAGAUGAUGUAGAUGAUAACAAUUUGAUUUCAUUAAUCUGCCAGAAAGUUCUCGAUCGAAAUAGAUUUCACAUGAGCGAUGCAAUGCUUAUUCAGUUGUUUCAUUUGGGAUGCUUAUUUGUUAGCAACUGUCCAACUCACAUACACGAUUUUUCACAAAAAGACUGCAGGAAGCAAGGUAAUCGUCUACGUAUUUUAAUGCUUUUGGGUUGGCCAUGUUUGUCGUCAACAUCACAAGACCAAACAAUGAAAUAUAUGGGUCAUUUGCUGAUUGCUAAUAUCAUCAAUCAAUUUAAUAUUAAUCGAAAGAUAGUUUUACAGGUAUUUCUUAGUCUACUCAAUGCAACCGUUAUUGACCCAAAAGAAAUCAUAAAACGAUCACUUGAUAUAUUGACUCCUUCUGUGCCAUUACGUAUGGAUGAUGGUCAUAAGCAGUUGCUGUCCAUUGUCAAGAAAACACUAGUAGAAGAUGGUCAUAAUGUUGCUCAAGUUUAUCACUGUUUGUCAAUGAUAGUUCGUCAUUACAAGAUUUACUACGAUGUACGUCAUCAAAUGCUUCAAGUGAUAUUAAAUGGAGUUCAGCGUUUGUUGAUGGGGCAGUGUACUAUAGAACAUCGAAGAGUUGUUAUUGAUGUGUGUGAAAUGAUUAUUAAAUGGGAACAAUGGCGGCUGAAACAGAUCGAGGAUUUGGAAAGGAGGUCGGAAGCUAGUAAGCAGUCUCUAUCUGAAGCAAAUUUAGCAAAAUGUUCUUCAUCGCAGCAACAGUCCUCAUCAUCCCUUGUGAAGAACAUGGAUGCAGAAAAUAUACAUCGUCCAAUCGACCAGUCACAUGUGGAUCAUGUUGUAAAUAUGCUUCUCAAAUUGUCGUCGUCUUCUGAUUAUUGUACGCCCAGUCCAAAUCAGCAUGUUCUAGCUGUGGAGCAACUCGGUAAACGAUGUUAUAGUCUGCUGCGAGCUUGUCUGAAAAGUAACCUUUGGGGACUUACUGUGAACUUCAAAUUUGCUUGGGUUGAGAAACAAAUGACAGUGGCAGCAGAAGCAGUAACUCAGCAAUUUCGAGAACAAAAUGCAGUAGCCCAUCAUCUUUCGGUGUUACAGUCAUCACUUGAUGUAAUUGCGCAUCUUGUUUCAAUUUUGCCGCCGGAAGUCAUUGUCCCGAAUGUGAAAAUGUUGCAGCGUGGAAUAAUUGCCUGCUUAAAUUGUCAGGAUAACACAGUAAUGAGGAGUUUCUGCCAAUUAAUUGGUAAAUUGUUUGAAAGAACAAAGUGUUCACCCGAAGGAUUGCUGGAUUUGGAAACUAUUAAUCAGUAUAUCACAAGAUUCAUCAAUGACACUUUCAACAACUAUGAUAAAAAUCAGGGUCAACCAAUGGCCGGCGUAUUUACAGCAAUCCACUUGUUACGCACUAUUUGUUUUAUUCAACCAGCGUAUAUCGAUAAAACGUGUUUGAGUCCAUUCAUUAAAACAGUUCAAAAACUUGUGCGUGAACAUAUCAUUUCAUGCACUGAAAAUAAAGGACAUGCUGUGACAGAGUUGAUAAUUUUCUCACUGGAGCUUCUUCGGCCGCGCAUACAUGCAUUAUCGCCCGACACUCGACGUAAUAUUGGACAAUGUAUUUUAGCACCGCUGAUUGAUAAAACUCUUUUCGAUCGUGUUAUUGAUAUUGUAAUUCGUAUUGUUGACAUUAUGGUCCGUAAUGGAGAUGAGAAUCAACUCAAUCAAGGUGUACCUCUAUUAAUAAGAUUGGUGGAGACAAUGGAGUUGCAUAAGCGUCAUGAGAAAUCAGGAGAUUUAUUGAAGACAUUGCUUGAAACAGAUGAAUCAUUACGCUCCAAAUUCUUCAAAUUGUUUGAUAGACAGUUUCCGGACAAUGUUUGCGACCGCUUAUAUUGUAUCUUAACAUCACAGAAUUGGGCAUAUAUGCAACAAACUUUUUGGAUCAAACACUGCAUUGCCCUUUUGCUCUCCUUGAUAAGGAAUAAACAUGAACACAAAAUGUCUUCUAAAAUCCAACAGACUGUCUUAGUAAAUUGCUUUACUCUUUGGCAUACAUUUGAAAAAACGCUCGAUCUUGAAGUUUUCCGUCGCGACCAUGGCGGAGAACAUGAUGGAAAUAAUGACGCUGUGUUCUCGUCCCAAAAUGUAACGGAAAGCAAGCGAGAAGAUUUCUCUGAACAUUCUGGGGCUCAGACGUUAUCAGAAGUAAACAUACCAGUUUGUAGUUCUGUAACUGCACAUGAUCUUCAAAUUGCUUUAAUUGUUGAACAAGAAGUUCAGUUGUUGGAAAUGGCUGGAAAAUUUCAAGCUAUGGAAAUUCUUCCAAGUUAUGAAGAACUUAUUCAUAAUAGUACUGAACUUGCAUCAAAAAUUUGGAUACAGUUGUUUCCAUCGUUGUGGUCGAAUAUGAGUGAUUUUGAGCGUACCAGUCUUGAGGCUGAAAUAAUGCCAUUCCUCACAUCUGGAUCUCAUCUUACACAAGUUGAUCUACCACAUUCCGCAUUGGCUGUCUUCUUGGAAGCUAUUUAUCAUUGUCAACCGCGUAUCUUUGUUCAUCCGAAUGUGUUGUUGUAUAUAUUAAUAAGACAUUGUGCAUGGCAUCGUGGGUUAUUGAUGCUUGAAGAAGAUGCUUCGGAUAUUUCGCCAUUCGCCAACAAUGAGGCAUUACGACAAUUUUCAAGGGUAGAUCGAACAAAUACGCAGUUGGUAACGCUGAACAACUUGAUCAUAUGCUAUUCUGUAUUAUCUGAGUUUGAUCAAUAUUAUGCAGUUUGGAAAAAGCGUGCUUAUUUCAAUGAUACUUCGAAAGCUAUUGAAUAUUACAAUAAAGGCGAUUUUGUAAAAGCAGAAGAGAUUUUAAGAAAUUCGAUUGAUGCGUUCAGUAAUCGUAGCAGUCCUGGUAUCAUCAAUCGACAAGUUCAUGUUACUCCUGCACUUAGUUUUGAACUGCGAGAGUGGCAAAAACUGUGGAUUGAGUGCGAACGUGAGUUAGGAGAGUGGGACGCUUUGUUGCUUUUUGGUAAUGCUCCAGUCAUUCGUGAGUUUAAUACAGUAGCAGAUGUCGCGUGGCAUCUUGGAGAGUGGGAUUUACUGCGGUCGACUCUCACUGAGUUUGAAGGGUGUACACGGCCAGAUUUGUACUAUAAAUAUAAUCUUUACAAAGCUAUGCUCAUGAAUAUUUGCUUGUUUGAGAAUAAUGAAGCUGAACAAGAUGAUCUCACUACGAAAACUGCUCGUGACCAAAUAACCAAAGAACUGGAAGAAGCUAGAGAUAUUCUGGUGGCACAGUGGAAACGACUUCCAGAUAUUGUUUCUCUUAGCCAUGUCAACAUACUUCAGGCAUCAAAUAUAAUUCAGGAAGUACACGAGGCGAGUGUACUUGCUAAUCAAUCAGAAAUUAGUGGUCAGACGUCACUAUCAUCAAAUCCUGUUCUUGAAACGAAGAUAGUGCUAAAAAAUUGGAAGAGUCGUUCUUAUUCUCUAUCAGAUCCUGUAUCAUUUUUUGGUGAUAUUUAUCAUUGGCGUAUUCAUCACUUAAGCAAUUUUUUCAACCUGCUGAAAAGUGUCGAUGAUCAUAAACUGGUUUCACCGCAGCAAAAAUUACUUCCUGUGUAUUCAGCAGCGCAGUCGGAGCUUAUGAUGGCUCGUGCAGCUCGUAAGGCUGGAUUAUUAGAUCUUGCAUUUAACAAACUCUACAGGAUGCACACGUUACCAGUGUUGCCAGCUGUAGAUGCCUAUCAAUCAGUAAAAGAACUCAUGAAGUGCUUGAUCCAACGAGCGUCUUUGCCUUUCGUAACGAAAAAAGAGAAACAUGAUAUAUUAACAGAUGCAUUUGUUUUGUUACAAGAAACAUCUGUUCGGUCUUUUACGAGAGAGAAUUUAGCCAGUUUCUAUGCUCUCCGAGGAAGAAUUUUAGCAGAAUUAGAAAAGUAUAGAGAUGCAAAUCGUUCAUUUCAAAUUGCUGGUUCACUACAAGAAAGUGUUGGCAGUGGAUAUUCCGUCUGGUUUCACUGGGCUCAAUAUCUUGAAAACCAGUUAGAUAAUGAAAACACUGAAGAAGCUGCGUUAAGUACUGGUAUGGGAGCACUGAGUGGUUUAUUGGAGGGUGUCAAAGUAGAAAGUGAACAUAAAGCAAGGAAAUAUUGUGCACGACUGCUGUGGCUUAUGAAAAAACUAUGUGGAUACGGAAAAAAAGUAGAAGGAAAAAUGGAUGAAUUGAUAGAAAAGUAUGGAAAGUCUAUACCGUCAAACAACUGGCUUCCAUGGCUGCCACAGUUGAUCGACGAGCUAAAGAUAAGGCCUUCGACUGCAGUUGCUCAUAUCAUCGAAUCUGUUGGAGAAUCCAAUGAGCAACAAGUUUUCUAUGCUCUUGCUGCUACAAUGCCACUUGAUUUUAUUAGCAAUAGCAUUUCCAUUGCCACGCAGCCUUCGGAGAAUUCGGAAAAUGAACCUGUCUCGUCACAAGAGUUGUUGCGUGAUAUAAUGAAAAAAUUAUUUCAACAUCGACCUGCUGAAAUAUCAUCGCUUUGCCGUCUGUUUAAUGAACUAAACAAUGUGAAAGAACAUUGGUUGGAACACACCCUGCGUAUGAUGGACCUUUUAAAGGAGCGAUUGUUGAAAUUUGCAUAUGCCAAUACUAGUUCUAUAUCAUCUGCCAUAAUUCCUACUGAUUUGUGCACAGACAUUAAUAAUUGGCGAUGUUCCUUAAAAAAUUUCGAUGGUUUUGACGAUGUCACUGAAGAUAUUAAAGAGUGUGCACGAAAAAUGGAAUCUGAUUUCGAUAUUCACAAAGCAAGAAACAGCAGAUUAUUAUCAUUAAUAAGUACUAUUGUAAAGUGGACAGAACUACUGGUUCAGAAAUUUGAUGGAUUACAAAGCAAGAAAUUAAUGCGAAACAUGAGUCCAAUUCUUGCUUCUUAUUCUUGUAGAAUUGCCAAUAUGGAGAUUUUUAGCGGGCAUUUUACGGAAAAGAGUAGGGCAUUUUCUACAGUUAUCUACCGUUUUAUGCCUUAUUACUUUGUUGUUCGUCAAGGUAACGUAGUUUCUCGCCGUAUUUCAUUUCGUGCUCUCAGUGGAAGGGUGUAUUAUUAUUAUUUAAAUAAGUGCUACGAUACCAACCGCACCGCUUCAUUAUUGCAUCAGCUUUUUGCUUUAAUCAAUCAUUUUCUUACGAAGGAAAAGGAAACAUGUCGUAGAUUCCUGCAAUUAACAGUACCUCAUUUUGCAUAUAUUGGUAACGUAUCAUUAAUGCAGUGUACCAACAAAAUUAAUUCGUUGUACUCUUUUGAAUAUAUCCUCGAUGCAAUUUUGACAAAAAAUGCCGAAAUUAAUUCCUCAAUCAAAUUAAUUCAAAGAUUUUAUGAUAAUAUCUCAAAAUCGGGUGCUGUGACUGAUCAAAAGAAGCUAAAAGUAUUUCAUCAUAUCAUUUCAAGAGAUAUGUUACCAGUAGAUUCACUAUCUAAAUGGGUCACUCCUCGCUUUGAAAAUCCUACUCACUUAUACAUCUUUAGGAAGCAGGUUGCUUUAAGCAUGUCUUUGCUUUCAAUUUGCGAACAUGUCCUUCAUCUCAGUCCUGCAAGGUUGCACAGUCUUUUCAUAAAUAUGAAUACUGGACAAACAUCGUGUUUAGAUUAUUGUUUUAGGCUGGAAGCUGAAACUAUGAAAUUGAAAGUUGAUCAAAUUGUUCCUUAUCGAAUGUCAUCGAAUUUGCACAAAUUUCUUGCUCUUUCAUUAGAAGGUCAUUACAAUUGCUCAAUGGUUGCUGCAGUUCAGUGUUUUCGCUCGCAAAAUAUCAGUAAUUACAUCCAUCUAUUUCUAUGGAAUACAUUUGCGCGACAAACCAAACUUUCUGUGUCAGAAGCAGUCGCGUCGUCUCAGAGUGCUGUAAAUCAAAUAGAAAACAGGCUAGAUGAUUUCUUCAAAGUUAAAAGCUUGGCGGAAUAUAUUGCUACGCUAACACGCACCGCUUACAAAGAAAAAAAUCUGGCACGCUGUAAUCCGUGCCUGCAUACCUGGUUUUGA